GCGUUGAAAACUUCAAGUAGGAAAAGGAAAUAUUUUUGGUCCAAACCAUUGAUUUACAGAAGUGUUAAUCAAUCUCGACACAUCCUUCAUUUUUUUUUCUAUUCCCGUUCCUUAUUAUAUCGGGGUUUUUCUUAGAAUAUUCUAAUGUUUCAUAGAAUCUGCCAUAUGACUGGAUAAAUUGAAAAGCGUUCAGUGUUCCCUCCUCCUACUGAACGCUCGAAUGUGACUUACCUUUUGAGACCUUAUGUGAAACUCCGUGCGACAACUAGACUUCUCUCCUUUUAUCCAAUCUUCACUAGAGGCUACACCAUGAGUGGCAUCUUAACACUUUCUUUAUGGUGCCAUCGGGGUGUAAAAUGGCGGCGACAAUGUAUGGGGUUCGUAUGGAUAAAUGGAUGACGUAAACAGCGAGAUCGAGGGUGAUGUUUACUGCAAACGUAUGGGGGGAAUAAAAGGCUCUGGCUCUGUGGUGGUUUCUGUGCAACCCAUAAGCAUGCUUUUUAAUUUUGUUUAUAACCAAUAUCAAAAUGCAGUACAGUAAAUACAUUUCUAAAAGCUAGAGAAAAUCCCACUUUUUUGGGGGGUUUGUAUUAUUUAAAAAUUGCAAUCGGUUUAAUUGAGCCGUAUUUAUCUCCGCGCAUGCACCAUCACUUAUGUUAGACUUUAUCAUUCCUUUUAUAUUUUAUCUUUCUUCAUUAGAUACAAUCGCAACUUUUUUUAUCUUUGCACUCCUCGAGUACCUUUUUAUAUUUCCCACCCGUUUGGAUAUAUACAUAUAUAUUUAUUAAAAAAAAAAACUCCUCAGGCAUGUUCGGUAUUCUUAACCUUUUCGAGAACGCCACUGUCUAUGAAAUUAUAGCCUGGCGCAGACCUAUGGCUACAGGUAUCGUACUGGGUACCAUUCUCAGCUUUUGGCUUAUUUUUGUGUAUUGGCAGUACACAAUCUUGACUUUUAUGUGUCGGUGCAUCCAAAUUAUAUUCCUUUUAGGCGCAGCCGCUACCGCCACAAAACACAGUCUGGUGUCCUCUGACUUAACUGGUUGUAUGGACGCGGUAUAUGAGUCGAUUCGGCCCUACGCAGCGAAGGUUUUGGGCGUUUUUGUAGAUGUGGUGAUCUGGCGCGACGUGAUGGUCUCGGGGAAGGUUUUCGCGACAUCCCUUGUGGUGGCUUAUAUUGGCAAUUUCAUCUGUGACAGCACCUUCAUCCUACUGAUUACUAUUAUAUCGUUUUCAGGGCCAAUUAUUUAUGAAAAAAAUAAGCCCUUGAUUCACGAUCAAUUGCAGGUUGCCAGCAGAUAUGUUAACGAAUAUAUCGGAGUUCUCCGCACAAAGGGAGAAAUGUUAAAACAAAAGGUGCGACAUGUUGAUGCUUAUUCGGGAGUGGCUGAAUCGAGGCUUGAUGAGCUCCAGCGUAAGAACCAAUAAUUCUUAUACUUUUUUUUUCUUGAUAAAAAUAUUUCAAUGAAAGUGUGAAGUUAUAUUAGUAGAAAUAUAUAUGCGUAUCCGCCUACAGGACUGAUGACUCUUCUUAAUUAGGCACUUUUUUGGAACGUUGAACUGUUUCUGCAUUACCCGACCUACUAAAGUAGCUAAGCAUUCUUUAUUAAGUGCAUUUUUAUUAUCCCAUCGCUUGGGAAUAUUUUCUAUGUCGAAUGAGUUUUUACGUAUAUCCGAUAUCACAUAAAAACUGAAAUUGCGACAAGUUUAAAAGAGAAAAAUAAAUCAAUUUUUUUUGUUUGGUGAAAUCAAUAGCAUAAUGAUCUAUUAUUAAAUAAAAAUCUAUCGAAUUAGACGUCCGGAAUGAGUGUAUGUGUUUGUGGAAAUAAUUACCAAGAAAAUAGAUGUGCCGGAAGUGGGAUACAAGUGGAAGAAGCCUUUCAGUCUUCGAGUAAAGUAGAUCUUGAAAGAAGUAGUGAGUUCUAAGAUCAGACGUAAUAAGUUGUUAUGGUAUUUAAUUUUAUCUUAACCUUCGUGAAGUACCUAAGUGCUCAUCGAUAAAUAUGUAUAUGAAUUCAUAUAUAUUACAUAGAGUAUCAAUAUUACUUAAACUAUAGGGAUAAGUUGUUGAAAACGCGAAGGAUAAUAACUUUUACUGAAUAAUAUAAAAAGACACAUAAUAUGGUCUCUAUACUUUUGUAGAGACUCUGGAGUUUGGACUGUUUUUUUUACUAACCUUCUUUCCUUAAUACUCUUUUCUAAUUUACUCAUUAAGUUUAAUUAUUAGUAUUGAGAGGAAACAAGUGAAUGGAAAAAUAUUGACAAACACUUUAUUUUAUUUUUUUUACAUCAUUGAUCUGGUUAUCUGCAACAGUUAAAUUUUUUUCCUAUAUUCUAUUCCUAUCAUAUAUAGAAAUCUCUUUCUAUAUACUACCCCCAAACAUAUAGCUCUAAAAGGGUGUGAGUAAACUCCUAAUUUACUCAGGCGCUAUGGAGUAUAUCAAUUGUGUUCACCGCGGGACCAAUGAUAUUAAUGAUGCAGUGGCUAAUUUAGACGAGACAAGUGUUCAGUUAUUUCUUGUAAAAUUUCUCCUCGGGGGUGGUACCUUCAAGCGAACCAAGUAUUUGUAUGUGAUUUAUACAGGACCUAAGUGCAAUAUGCUUAAGCGGGGGCGGUGUGUUGAGAAAAUCAGCAAGUUUGUGAGUGAGCAUCUGAAAGGGGUUACUGGUUUAACUACUACAGAUCGAUCCUCCCUUUCCUUCGAAUCAUUAGUCAGUCAAUUUAGAGAAAUAUUUACCGUUGAUGAUGGAGAAUUCUCGAUAGACAAGAUCUGUAAAGAGCAUCUCAAUCGACUUGAGGAUGAGAAAACAAAAAUGUAUCAAGAACAGGAACACGAGCGAAAAAGCGCUCGACUAAAGGCAAUUCAGGCUCAGAUAGCGAGACGUAGUAAAAAAGAAAAGGCCGCUUUCGAAAAGGGUAUUGAUCAAGAUGAUAAUGAUCCAACCAAUAUUGCGAAUAAAGUUCUGAAUGCCAUUCGAAAUGAGAAAAAUAUCGUAAAUUGGGCCGUUUUUUCUCCAGACCCUGUAACACUACAGACGGUGGCCUACGGUUGUGGCGGUAUAUUUGAGUUAAUAAAAAACCUCCCUAACGACAAGUGGCUCUUUGGUUUGUUCAACAUUUCCUUCAACUCCCAGGAAGAGGAGAGAUGCUUAAUAUUUUUCCAGUGGAUUGGCAAUAAAGCCAAGAUAGUGCGUGAUCGGGGUUCGUCUGCCAUCUACCCUGCCAUGAGCAAGCUUUUGUCACCAUAUUCACGUGAAAUUUACAUAGUUGGCCAAGUUGAUCUUGUACCAUCGGUAAUCAUCAACAAGUGUAAGAAUGCCUUUUCAGGUAAAAAGAAUGAAUUGGAAAAUAAACGGCCCCAGCCGACAAAUCUUUUGCUUGACGAAAAAAGCUAUACCGAGGCACUUCUAGCAGAUCAAGAUCAUCAUCUUUAUGAUUACGAUGGGGUUAAAACCCCUGAAAAAACAGCUGAUUUCGAACCUAUAUCGAUGAAUUCUCGAGAAAUGAGCAUGACAACCUUAAGUGAUUCGUUAGAUAGCUCCACGGAGCUUUACAAUUCUGAAGAUACACUUCGCCUUAUAAUGUCUUCCGAAGGUGGCUUGAUAUGGGCUAUUUUUAAAGUAGAGUAG